AUGACCCAAGGCCUAGAUGAGGAAAUCGUCGAAACCAAUUCAAUACAUAACUUUACAUGUAAAUAUAAGAAAAAGAUUGAAACGAGUCACUGCACUGAAGAAAUGAAGGCCGGGGCUAAGGAACAGACGCCCGACCUGCAAGGUGAACUGGGUGAACUGGGCGAACUAGGUGAACUGGGCGAAUUGGGCGAACUAGGUGAACUGGGCGAACUGGGUGAACUGGGCGAACUAGGUGAACUGGGUGAACUGGGCGAACUAGGCGAACUGGGCGAACUGGGUGAACUGGGCGAACUGGGCGAACUAGGUGAACUGGGCGAACUGGGUGAACUAGGUGAACUGGGCGAACUGGGUGAACUAGGUGAUAACUGGGCGAACUGGGUGAACUAG